AUGACUUCAACCGCACUCCCCAAGCGCAUGGCGCUCAACAGAAAUGCACCCACAGAUUCCUCGACAGAGAGCUCCGCAUGCGUCUCCCCAAUUGACAGCUUGCGUCCUUCCCCGUCCUCGACAUCUUUGUCGUCGAUGUCUUCAGAUGCCCAGCAAGAACCUGUCAAGUUAGUGGACACUUUCGGAAACCCCUUUGAAAUCCCAGACUUCACCAUCAAGGAUAUCCGGGAUGCCAUCCCAGCCCAUUGCUUCAAGAGAAGCGGUCUCCGCAGUCUUUCGUAUGUACUGAGAGAUAUCGGUUCAAUGGCCGGAACUUUCUACUUUUUCCACAACUAUGUCACCCCAGAAUACAUUCCCUCCACCCCAAUCCGCGCAGGCCUGUGGGGCUUCUAUACCUUUCUCCAGGGCCUCUUUGGAACAGGUCUAUGGGUCAUGGCCCACGAGUGCGGACAUCAAGCUUUCUCGCCGUCAAAGCUAUUGAACGAUACUGUUGGCUGGAUAUGCCAUUCCGCCCUGCUGGUGCCAUAUUUCUCCUGGAAGAUCUCCCACAGCAAACAUCACAAAGCCACCGGCAACAUGGACCGCGACAUGGUCUUUGUUCCGAAGACAAGAGAGGUAUUUGCGUCGCGAUUCGGAUAUAUUGCCCAUGAGCUGCACGAAUUGAUGGAGGAAACUCCUAUCCAAACCGCUACCCACAUCAUUCUCCAGCAGCUUUUCGGGUGGCCCAUGUAUUUGCUCUCGAAUGUCACGGGCCACAACAACCAUGAGCGCCAGCCUGAGGGUCGAGGUAAGGGGAAGAAGAAUGGCUUCUUCACCGGAGUUAACCACUUCAACCCUUCCAGCCCGUUGUACGAGAACAAACACGUACCACUCAUCCUUCUUAGCGACCUCGGUUUGAUGCUCACCGGCUCCGUCUUGUACUUGGUUGGGAAAAAGUUCGGCUGGGCCAACCUUGCGGUCUGGUACUUUCUCCCGUAUUUGUGGGUCAACCACUGGCUGGUUGCCAUCACCUACCUGCAGCACACCGACCCAACCCUCCCGCAUUAUACCUCGCAAGCGUGGACCUUUACCCGCGGCGCGGCAGCCACCAUCGACCGUGAGUUCGGUUUUAUUGGUCGCACUCUUUUCCACGGUAUCAUCGAAACCCACGUCCUCCACCACUACGUCAGCACCAUUCCCUUCUAUCACGCAGACGAAGCCAGUGAGGCCAUCAAGCCAGUUAUGGGCAAGCAUUAUCGUGCGGACACCGAAGGAGGCAGCAUUGGAUUCAUCAAGUCCCUAUGGAAGAGUGCCAGAGCAUGCCAGUGGGUCGAGCCAUGCGAAGGUGCACAGGGUGAAGGAAAACAUGUAUAUUUCUUCCGAAACCGGAACAAUAUCGGCAUCAAGCCUUCCGUUAUGAAACCGUCUUCCUAG